AUGGCGGGGGGUGGUUGUUGUCUUUGUUCGACUGCCUUGGAGACCAUUUUCCAUUUGUUCUGUGACUGUCCUGUGACGGGGCAGCUCUGGGAGACUGAUGUUGGAGUCCAAGGUAAUUCUUUUGCUGCUAUAGUUGAAAAGUUUUUGGGUAUGGUUGGGCAUGAUAUGGCGAUAAGAAUGGCUGCAACUUAUUGGACAAUAUGGAUAGCUAGGAAUGAGGCUCUCUGGAAUACUAAAGUUUGGCAAACUGCUGAAUUAAAACACAUGGUAGAGUCCCUCAUUAAUUCAUGGAAGCUUGCAUAUUCAAAUACUGCCAACCAGAAUUUUUCAAAAAUGCAUGCAAUUUCUGUUCCUUGGCGGCCACCUCCUGUUGGUAAAGUCAAAUGCAAUGUGGAUGCUGCCUUAUUCGAAGAUGUCAUGGGGUUUGGUGCUGUGGUUCGUGAUCACAGUGGUAAAUUUGUAGCAGCUUAUGGAGGUCAGCUGAAUUGUUUUAGAGACCCUUACCUCGCGGAAACGAUGGCCAUUAAAGAGGCACUAACGUGGCUAAAGAAUCAAGGAUUGACGAACACUAUUUUGGAAACUGAUUGUUUGAAUUUCUGUUCCAAUUUCAAUUCUGUCUCUUAUGAUUUUUCUUAUGUAAGCAUUGUAGGGUUCUUGCUAAUGACAUUGGGAACGUUGUGGUUCGCCAUGUCAAAAGGUCAGCGAAUCAUGUAG